AUGUCGAACCGAAAUAGAGCCAAACAGAGUGGAAAAAGCACUUCAGAGGGUGCCAAAGAUAAUGCUACUGGGGCGUGGCUAAAACCUGUAGGAAGGGGUGUGUCGGACAGUGGAAAAGUGUGUGGUAGUGGUAAAAUUGGACAGGUGGCCUUGAAAGUUCCAAGGGAUAAGCAGUUCGAUGAUACUGUACCCGGCUGGGCGUUUAAAAUCUGCCAGGGAGCGGAUACCGAAGAUAUGGUACAAUGCGAUGUUUGCGAUAAGUGGCAUCAUUAUGAGUGUGUUGGAGUAGCAGACGAUAUUGCGAACGUGAGCUGGAGGUGUCCCAACUGCGUAGCUGAAAGGGAGUACCAGCGUAAGCUGCAGCCGAUCCCAAAAUAUGCAGGUGGUCUAGAGAAAUCGUCUAAACAAAAUCAAACCGGUGGUGAUUCGGUUAUGCCUGCGGUCCCGAAGAUUAAUGCGCCGAUUGGAUUACCCAUCGCAGUAGGUGUGGCGGGCCUCUCGAUUUCGUCUGGACGAAAUCCAAUAGUUUCCAAAAUGGUUGCGGCAUUGGAGGUCAAGCAGUUUAAACACAGUCAAUCUGUUACGUUGCCGGUGCAUCCCAAUUCGGACACGAAGGCGACUAUAUUGGCGAAUAGAGCACGGUCAGCAACUUCACAAUCGUGCUCGAUAAAGUCGCUCUUGAAGCUAGAACUUCAAAAAUUAGAAGAGGAGCGGGCUUUCGAACAACAGGAGGCGGAGAGGCGUAGAAUGCUGGAGCAGGAGGAAGUAAAAAGACGACGAGAUUUUGAGCUGCGUGAAGCGGAGAAGUAUCGUGAAUACAUCAAGAAGAAGUAUGCUCUACUUGAAGAAAUGUCGAACCGGUCUGAUUCAAGUCGCAGCGAGGCGGCGAGCAGAGUUGAUGAUUGGGUAAACAGCGUAAAUAUUCUGCAACAAAGAGGGAGGAAAGUUACUCAGACCGCUGGCGGCUUCAAUCCACAGCGACACUCUACUCAGCAUCAAUUCACGUUUCCGGACCAUGAUGAUAUUCCCCGAAGUAAUUCACCAGCCGUAGGUUCCAUUAUUGGAAGCGCAUGUAACGUUCGAAAUGAUUCAAUGGUGCCGGCAGACCGAACCCGUUCCCGUUCCGAUUCUACAAUACACGGUAGCGAACAUCCGCUCACGCGAUCCGUACAAAUGACGCAACAAGUUAGUCGGUUGCCAGUAGACGAAGAAGACGACACGGACUUUUGCCAGCUCAGCAAGAAACAGUUGGCCGCACGUCAAGCGAUUUCAAAGGACCUGCCUGUCUUUUCGGGUAAACCAGAAGAGUGGCCCAUUUUUAUUUCAGUCUACAAUAGUACUACGGCUAUGUGUGGAUUCUCAGACGAAGAGAACAUCAUCCGGCUUCAAAGGUGCCUGAAGGGGAAAGCUUACGAGGCGGUACAAAGUCGACUGUUGUAUCCAUCCAACGCUUCCGGUGUGAUUGCAACAUUGCGAAUGCUUUAUGGACAACCAGAGGCUAUCGUCAACUCGUUGAUAGGGAAAAUCAACGCACUUCCCCCACUGCGGGAAGAUAAGCUGGAAACAAUCGUAGACUUUGCUGUGAACGUGCAGAAUUUCUGUGCAACAGUUGACGCCUGCGGUAUUGCAGACUAUAUGUAUAACAUUUCUCUGCUACACCAACUUGUUAGCAAGCUUCCGCCGACCAUCAAGUUGGAUUGGGCGCGAUACCGGCUGACUCUGUCUACUGUCAAUCUAGCGACGUUUGGAGAUUGGUUGUACUCAUUGGCGGAGGCAGCCAGUGCAAUAACUAUCCCAUCGGUUAUGAUGGAGUCCAAGCCAGCACGUUUCGAGGCUAGAGCGACUAAAAGGGAAAGUGCCUACCUUAAUGCCCAUGCCGAAACGUCACACCAAGCUUCUGCAUCCCUGCACACACUUCAGUCCAGUGCAAAUGUGAAACGAUCGUUCGAUAAUAGUUGCCCCAUCUGCAAAGGUAGCUGUAACGCAGUCGCCAAAUGUAAGCGCUUUCAGGAGCUGUCCCGGGAUUCACGAUGGGCCACAGUGCGAGAAUUCGAUUUAUGUCGCAGAUGUCUCCGCAAACACGUUAGGGACGGCUGCACUGCUAAACUAUGCGGAAAAACGGUUGACGAUUCGCCUGCCACGAUUACAUCGCCGGAGUUGCCUACGGAGAAGCAGAGUGGUGAACCAUCCCAUGGAUGUAACAUACAUCAUUCCAACUCUAGUGCCGUGUUGUUCCGAUACCUUCCGGUUGUGUUACACGGCAAACACCGGUCGAUUCGUACGUAUGCUUUCUUCGACGAGGGGUCAGAGUUAACACUACUCGACCAGGGACUUUCAGAAGAGUUGAUGCUGGAAGGAAAUGUGCAACCGUUGUGUCUGAGAUGGACCGGAGGCUCCCAACGAAAUGAGACGAACUCCCGAGUCGUCAGCCUGGAAGUAUCAGGAAUACAAAAUUCUGCCAAAAAAUUCAAGCUCAACAGCGUGCGCACUGUUGAAAGCCUACUUUUACCGCACCAAACGCUCGACACGGAGGAAUUGGCGCAACUCUACCCGCAUAUCCGCGGACUGCCCAUUGAAUCAUAUAGCGACGCAAGACCACGUAUACUGAUCGGAAUGAAGCACCUAGGAGUCAGUGUAGUGCUUAAGACCAAAGAGGGUGGAUACGAUGAACCAAUUGCAGUAAAAACACGGCUAGGAUGGACCGUUUGUGGCGGAUGGAAGCUGCAUGAAACCCUUGCUGCUGGACAAUGUGCGUUUCAUGUGUGUGUAGAUGCAGAACACUCCGACGAGAACUUGCAUCAAGCCGUGAAGGCUUAUUUCGCAAUGGAUAGCCUAGGCAUCACAAAAUCCGACAAGGUUAUUCUAUCUUCCGAAGAUCAACGUGCUGAGAAUAUCUUGAAGUCUCGUACCCAACUUGUUGGCAAUCGCUAUGAAACUGGUCUACUUUGGCGCUACGAAGAUAUCCGUCUACCUGAUAGCCGUGAAAUGGCUCUUCGUCGACACCAAAGCCUUAUUACACGAAUGGACAAAGACCCGUUCUUAGCGGAGGCACUCCAACAGAUGAUUUCCGACUACGUUGCGAAAGGGUAUGCAAGGAAACUUAGCGACGACGAACUCAAACAAACGUUUCCGCGCGUCUGGUAUCUUCCAGUGUUCCCGGUAACAAACCCGAAUAAGCCCGGAAAAGUGCGAUUGGUUUGGGACGCAGCGGCCAAAAGUUUCGGGAUCUCAUUGAACUCCGUUCUGCUAAAAGGACCAGAUUACCUUUGCUCGUUAUUUGCUAUCCUGCUUCAAUUUCGAGAAGGGCGAAUAGGUCUAGCUGGGGACGUGCGCGAGAUGUUCCACCAGAUACGUAUCCGUGACGAAGACCAACAGUGCCAACGCUUUUUCUGGACCAACAAGGACGGCAAUUUGGCGACCUACGUCAUGAGCGUGAUGACGUUCGGUGCCUGCUGUUCGCCUAGCAGCGCGCAGUAUGCGAUGACUUUAAACGCUGAACGAUUUUCUCACGAGUUUCCUACAGCGGCGAAGGUUAUAAUAAAGCGACACUGCGUUGAUGACAUGCUGGUUAGCACUAAUUCGGAACAAGAUGCCAUUCGUAUUGCAGAGGACGUGCACUAUGUACACUCUCGAGGUGGUUUUGAAAUCCGCAACUGGAUCAGUAAUUCCAAACGGGUCUUGGGGUGUUUAAAACAAGAUAAGACCCACGAGAAAAAUCUGGAUCUCUCGCCCGAAUUGUCCACCGAGAAAGUGCUUGGGAUGUGGUGGUGUACGGAAAAGGAUGUUUUCACUUACAAGGUUGGAUGGAACCGUUAUGACAGCGCCUUAUUGUCAGGUCAACGAUGCCCCACGAAACGUGAGGUCCUCCGUGUGCUUAUGACGAUCUUCGAUCCCCUUGGUUUGAUCGCUCACUACCUUAUGUAUCUUAAAGUUCUGCUGCAGGAUAUCUGGCGUUCCAGUACCCAAUGGGACGAAGAAAUCAAUGACGAUUCGUACAACAAAUGGAAAAUUUGGUUAGCAGUCCUUCCGAUUGAUCACUCAACUUUAAGCUGUGCCAACCAACCUCGGAACAUCAAUCCAUCAAUCCAAAACGACAAUGGACAAACACGGUCUUCGAAGGAUGCCGUCGAAGUACAACUGCAUACUUUCGUAGAUGCUAGUGAGAAUGGGAUGGCGGCCGCAGUGUACCUCCGUUUCAUGCAUGCUGGAGAAGUUGAAUGCCGCCUCGUAGCAGCCAAAACCAAAGUGGCUCCAUUGAAGUACCACUCUAUCCCUAGGCUGGAGCUUCAGGCGGCUGUAAUUGGUGCUAGGCUUGCUCAAUCAAUCGAAGAGACACUUUCUAUACCAAUCAACAGGCGUAUUUACUGGUCAGACUCCAGAGAUGUGCUGUGCUGGAUACGCUCAGAUCAUCGCAGAUACUCGCAAUUCGUCGCCUGCCGUGUAAGUGAAAUUCUUGAAACUACCGAUGAAAGGGAAUGGCGAUGGAUCCCAACCAAGCUUAACGUUGCAGACGACGGAACUAAGUGGACGAGACAGCCAGAUCUAACUCCAGAAGCAAGGUGGUUCAAUGGUACCGAGUUUCUGAAAUGCCCAGAAGUCGAUUGGCCACAUUCAACGAUUGUGACUAACGCUACCGAGACCGAGCUCCGUCACCGUUUACUAUUUCACCACAUUGAACCAACACCAAUCAUAAGCGUCGUCGAUUUCUCUAGCUGGAAGCGAUUAGUCCGUGUAGUUGCACUUGUCCAGCGUUUUCUGGCUAACUGCCGCCGCAAACUACAACGCGAGCGAAUCCGCACAGCACCACUUUCCAUGGAAGAACAACGUGGUGCCGAGGAGUAUAUCCUGCGUCUUACUCAGCGUGAAGCGUUUCCCGUAGAAGUGAAUUUACUUAAUGAGUGCCCUCAAAAACCACUUCCCAAAGUGAGCCAACUGUACCAACUGACACCAUGGUUGGAUGACCGCGGCAUAAUGCGGAUGCGAAGUAGGAUUGCUGCUUGCGAUUUCGCUACGGAGGAUGCUAAAAGUCCAAUACUUCUUUCUCGUAAUCACCACAUAACCACUCUUAUUUUGCAACACUACCACAACAAAUACCACCACCAAAAUCAUGAAACCGUGAUCAACGAGAUACGGCAAAAAUUCUACAUUUCCCGAAUCCGUGUCUGCUAUCGAACAAUACGCAGUAACUGUCAACGCUGUAAGAACGAAGCCUCAUUGCCACGGAACCCAAUCAUGGCUGAUCUUCCUGCAGCCAGACUAGCUGCAUUUUCCCGACCCUUUACACACGUGGGCGUAGAUUAUUUUGGCCCAGUAGAAGUCGCCCUUGGAAGACGAGUGGAAAAACGCUGGGUUAUGCUUGCCACCUGCUUGACAGUUCGCGCAAUCCACCUCGAAGUAGUCCACUCACUUACCACUGAUUCGUGCAUCAUUGCCCUUCGAAAUUGCUUUGCGCGGCGUGGUUGUCCCAGGAAAAUUUAUAGUGAUCGGGGUACAAACUUCGUUGGAGCCAGUAAGCAGCUAAAAAAGCUAGUUGAGGAGAUAGAUCAGGAAAUGAUCACAAAGGAGUUUAUAAGCCCCGAUACUGAGUGGGUAUUUAAUCCGCCGUUGGCGCCACAUAUGGGCGGAAGCUGGGAGCGUCUCAUACGCACUGUAAAAAACAAUUUAAUGGCCAUCUGUCCAUCACGAAAGCCGACUGAUGAAGUGCUCCGCAACUUGCUUACAGAAAUUGAAAACACUGUAAACUCUCGUCCUUUGACACAUGUUCCAAUUGAUGACGAUUCCGCACCCGCUCUUACCCCGAACCACUUCUUGCUGGGAACCUCGAAUGGUAUGAAGCCACUUUGUCUGUUGGACGAUAGUGGUGCUGCGCUCCGACAAAAUUGGCGUACAUCUCAGAUUCUCGCGAACCGAUUUUGGAAGAGGUGGCUAUCCGACUACCUGCCAGAAAUUACUAGGAGGACAAAAUGGCUCGCCCAUACGGAACCAAUCGUUGUUGGUGACGUUGUGGUCAUCACUGACAACAAACUACCCCGGAAUUGCUGGCCCAUCGGAAAGAUUAUCCAGACGCAUGCUGGCAAGGAUGGCCAGAUACGAUCGGCUACAGUGCGGACAGCUGUAGGCGUGUACGAGCGACCCACUUCGAAGUUGGCUGUGUUGGACGUUCGGCGCGAGAAGUAGUAAGCCAACCUGGAGGCUGGCGUACCCGGGGGGAGUGUUACCCGACUCUACUCGGCUAGCGCACCUUGAUAUUCCAACACAUUGGUCCUCGCACACUAACUCAGUCAACGACGGAGCUCACCUGGAGGUGACAGGUAACAUCUUGGGUACGACUGUCAAACUGUCAUCGCGGUGAGUAAGCAAAAAGAUUCUAUUCGUCCCAGUGUAGGAAGCCAAUUGCUAAAAAUAUAUUCAUCUAAGUUAAUUAUAUUAAAUUAAUUGAAUUUAAAAUUAAUCUAAACUAGUGCCUAAAAGUGCCUUAAAAUCUACCUUAUUUCUACAUAUAAAAACGGUAAGAAUUUAAUCUGAAGUUACUUUAAAAUUACUACUUACAUUACUCUUAAAAUUAGGUUAACAUAAUAGCCAGCUCACUAGCAGAAUUCUCCAUUCGCUCCUUGCUACGAUUCGCUUAUCGACCAAAAACCUGUCAGAAUUCCCUGAUCGUAUUCGAAUAGACGAGAGGCAGAAAAGGACUAAACGUGAGUAAUUUAAAUAUGAAAUUAUAAUG